AUGGAUCCCAUCAGCCAAGGUAUUCCAACUGCCAGGAACUAUAUAAAGGGCUUCCCUGAUCUGGCUCCCUCACAUACUAAUCUUGCUGGGAAACUGCAUUUCCUCUUUCUUUCUCUCCACUUUUGCAAAACCUGCUUGCCCAUGACAUCCCACGAGAAGGAGCCUUCUCCCACCAUCAUCACCGUCAGGCCUCCUGUAGUCCCCCAGGACUAUAUGAUUUGGUCAGUCUUCAACACCCUCUAUAUGAAUAUCUGCUGUCUGGGCUUUGUAGCUCUUGCCUAUUCUGUCAAGACUCGGGAUCAGAAGGUGACUGGGGAUCUGGAAGCUGCUCAUCGCUAUAGUUCCAAAGCCAAAUGCUACAACAUCCUCGCCACAAUGUGGAGUGUGGUACUGCCAUUGGUGCUGAUUGCUUUGGUGAUUACGGGGGUCCUUCACCUUUCCAAGCUGGCUCAGGAGUCCAUGGACUAUUUGGCUUACAGACUCUUCCCAGAGGAUGUUGAGGACAAAAAGUGAAGGGGGAAUAAGAGUUGGAUAAAACUCAAGCACUGCACAAUGCAAAACCUCUACUUGCUUCUGAUCUGGAUCUUCUGCUUCACUACAGUAAAGCAUUAAACAAACCCAGGACUCCUUUCUCAGAAAGUCCUGCAGAUGUUCAUCCUUGGUGUCCUUCAUAAACUCUGAAUUGUUCUGUCUCUGCCUUGUCUCACACUUCUCUUUUUUGAGGCUCUUUCCUCCCUAGCUUUCUGUAUAUUCUGCUGAAUCUGCACACAUAAGCAGACAUGCAGAACUCAAAGGAAGCAGGUAGAAAAGCUAGCAUAAUUAAAAAAUAUAUAUUAUAAUGCUUCUGGAAACUGAUUUUUAUUUAUAAAGAUAGUCUUGUUUCUUUCAAAUUAUUUGUUAAUGUGUUUCUAGCUUUAGGAUUACUAUCAAGAUAUGAUAUAUUAGCUAAAACAGGUUUUUAAGCUCAUCUAUUUUUUUGUACCAUUUAUGUAUUAUUUAUGGUAAGAUCCAAGGACAAGCAAU